GUGACACUUAUCUGUGAAGUGUGAAAUGUGAAUUUGAAAUUUAAACACAAAUUUGAUCAGCAAAAUAACAAAUUGAAAUUAAUUCACUAGGCUAUUAGCCACACCACAAUUUUACAAUAACUAAUAACCAUUAUUUAUAAUUUAUAUGAAAUGAAGUUACCUAUAGUAUUAAGCAUUAAACUUAAUUAAGAAAUGAUAAAUCGAAGGAGCCAGGUGGUUAGAAUUUAGGGUUGAGUUUCUUUGACUUUGGGCAAACUUUUAAACGCCUUGAUAAUAAGUAAUAACUUGAUGAUGGAGGCACAUAACGAGACAAAUUUAAAAGUAAAAGCACGUAAAUGUAAACCUAUUCUCACUGAGAGGAAGCUACGGCUUUCCCUAAAAUAUAGACCUAAAAUUUUGAAACUAAUAUUAAAAUUAAGACUUUGUUUGACCAAGAAAAAUCAUAUAAUCAAAAAGUUAACUCAGCGACUUCAUAAAAAGUACCAUGAAGCAUCAACACAAACAGAUAUUUGGGAUACCAGUAAAGAAAGUGCAAAUCACAAAUCUGAAGAAGCAAUGCCUAAACAAUUGAAUGUAAAUAAAGAACAAAACAAUUUAGCUUGGUCUAUAAAUGAUAACAAUGAGAAGACUAUAGCUGAUCAAGUUAAAGAAGUAGCCCAAAGUGCUAUGCAAGAAUCUGGAAUGGUUUAUGUGGAAUCAGCUGGCAUGUACUAUGACUAUAAAACUGGUUAUUACUAUAACUCUGAACUAGGAUUAUACUAUCACACAGACACAAGCUGCUAUUAUUACUAUUCAGAAGAAAAGAAAUCUUUUGUCUUUCAUUCAUAUCCCGAUAGAAGUGCAGAAAACCCUAACCAAAUUGCUCACGAGAGAAAGAAAAGCAAACAAAAAAGGGUAAUUGAUAAUGUGGCGAAUAACGACGAUAUCGAAAACCUAACGAAAAAUCUAUCUAAGGAAGCGCCACCAAAACGCAAGAAAAAAGAAAAAUCUCUUGUCGAAGAAAACGAUGAAGAGCUUGAAGACGGAGAAUGUAGUAGUUCAGAUGAUGAUGCCGCUAGUACAUCAACAGCCACUGAUGAUGAAACAGUUGCGAAACAUCAUCCGCCAUGUAUGCGAGUGAUCGUACGCGAAACGACUCUGCCGAAAUUGAAAGUUGGUAGUUUGUUCCUCGUGACCAAAGAUGGCGGCACCAUAGGCAGGGAGGGCGAACACCAUUCUAUUGUAUUGCGGGACCAAAAUGUGUCAAGGGAACAUUUACAUAUCAAAUAUGAUCUCGACCGAAGAACAUAUUUUGCUAUGGAUCUUGGUUCAAAGAAUGGUACUGUUCUGAAUGGUGUAAGAAUGUCACCAAGUCAGGAGACCAGUUCACCCAUUGAGAUUGUACAUGGAAGUACAUUACAACUAGGAGAGACGAAAUUGCUUUGUCAUAUUCAUCCUGGCACAGACACGUGUGGACACUGCGAGCCUGGACUUAUUAUGGAGAUGCAAGACAAAGAAAAGAAGGCCUACACAAGGACGUGUGGCGUGAAGAAACAGCACGAACUUGAACUUGCGAGAUUGAAGAACAAGUACGCACCGAAAUUGCUGGAAAUCGAUCAAAUUUCUUACAAAGAUAGAGCUCAGAUGAGACGAGAGAAAGUGGGCUCGUCACACCACGCUGAAAAGACACAGACAAGUGAUAUUAAUACGUGUAUAACUCCUGAGAACAAGGGCUUCAAGUUGCUGCAGAAAAUGGGCUGGUCCAAGGGUGAGGGACUUGGAAAGGACAAUCAGGGUGACCAGGAUCCGAUCCCGCUUGUAGGCAACGAAGGAAAAACAGGUCUGGGUGCGACUCCAACUCCAGAGCCACUGGGGACCCUCGGACCUGCAACUAUGAGACUCGCGGCAAAAACAAAAAUGCUGCAACCGCCUGCCAAAGCAUUCCAAAAUGAGCCUGAAGAUGAAUUCGAAUAAGUGCUAUUUCAACACUACAGUUUCAGAUUGAAGACCUAGGUUUUUCAACUAAUACUAAUGGGUACACAUUAAUAUAUAGACAGCGUGAUAUUGUAAGAGUUACGUAUAUAAUAUAUCGUGAAUAUUUGCUUGGCUUGUGUUUGUUUCAUUGAUGAUUUCUCUUUAUGGACGU